GAUACUUUCACCUGAAACAACCACCACCACCAAACCUCUCUUCUCUUACCUCACUCACUCAGAACCGCCGCCUGCAACAGUAAGAUCCUUUACCCUAACAGGCAAAAGAAGAAAAAACCAACAUCAGAAAGAAAGCAUUCCUGCAGAAGAACCGUCAACCAAAAAAAAAGAAGCCAUGGACACGGACGGCAGGGCUUUGAGCAUAUACAGAGCCGCCAGAACCAUCAAACGGAAAGACAACUCCCUCUACAACGCCCUCCGUUCAAUCUACGAGGACUCCAUCUUCGUCGGCGAGAUCUCCCAGCUGUGGCCGGAGCUCCCUCUCCUCGCCAAUCUCCGAUGCGGCCUCUGGUACUCCCGCGGCUUCGCCGCCACGUGUUACUUCAAAUCCACCGACGGCCACACCAACAAUUGCUCCUUCUCCACCGCUCGCCUCAACCUCCACGUCGCCGCCCUCGCCGGGCAGAAAGGAGGUUGUAUGAUUGUUGAUUCAACCAGGAAAGGGAAGAGAUUUCCCGAUAGCAUGUCGAAGACCAUCCCAAUCUGGACUUGCGUCUUGAAUCGAGCUAUUCGCAAUUACGUCUGCAGAGUGCAGAGAGAGGCAGAGGAGAAGGGUGAAACUGCUGAUGUGGAAUGUACAGCUUCGCUUGAUUGGGAUUGUUCUUUGCACCUCCCACUUUGGGUUCCCGGAACAGAAAAAGCCGCCAUUGAGGAGCGAAUAGACGAAUGGGUUGAACAAUUGGAAGCCAGUGGUGCUGACAUAGCUUCUCUUGCUUCCUGCCUGAAAAAGCCCUUAAGGCCGCUUUGGGUAUCUCAAAAAACCGUCAUAUGGCUCAACGAAGUACCUGAUCACGAUUCGUGGGACUUCACGGCUGUCAUGCUUGUUUCAGCGUCAGCCCAAAAUGGUGUUUUCCAGCAACACCGGACUACCUCGGAGUUCAGCUGGAACUAUAUACCGGGAGCUGGAGACGAUGAGGAGAGUUGGGCUAGGGGUCUCUCCCCGGGUCUCUUCUGGAACCACGCUUAUGAUAUCAUAGGUUCCGGUCCUGAAAUGUGCAACCAAAAGGUUGCCGAGAUAGUUGAGAAGGACAGAGUUUAUAGAGCGCAAAGAGGACAGGACGCUCCCCAAAUCUCUCUCAAGAAUCCAAAGGCAUCGGGUGACACAGAUCGGUGUAGUUCUUGUACUUCUAUUGAUUCGCCGGGAGGGGAUUCUAUGGCUGUGUUUCGGAUUGGUUUGACAAAUGUUGCGGUUGGAAGUAUUCAGCAUGCCGCAAGUGUCCCGGAUGUUGAUUGCAUAUUGAAUUGUGAUGAAGCACAUGUACAUGGCCGUGUUGCGAAUACCGAAGAUUAUUUGCAUCUUCCUAUGGUGAGCUCGAAAUGGGACCGCUUUUCCUUGUCAAGCAAUCUGCCUGCGGCUGUGAACUUUGCGAAGGCACAUCUUAACAAAGGGCGCAGUCUGUUAGUCUGCUGCCAGAAUGGGGAAGACAUAAGCGUCUGUGUUUGUCUGGCGAUUGUGACAUCACUAUUCGACGAAGAAGGGUACUUCGACGAUGGGAGGUCGUUCGCCCAGAAGGGCAUCACCAAAUGGGAAAUGCGGCGGAGGCUGGUGUUCCUCUGCAAAUACGCGGUCACUGCGCGGCCAUCCAGAGGGAAUUUGAAGCAGGUGUAUGGUUUUCUUUCACAAGGGAGAGCUGCUUCUUCAGAUUUUGAUUGAAACGAUUGCUUGAUCAAAUAGAAUAGAGGUGUACUUGUGGAUGGAUUCCCAGUGCCCAUUGCUGAUUUUCUAGUUUUGUUACCCUUCUUUUUCAUUUUGCAGAUUUAUUAUUCUUAUUUGCAGCCAACUCCGGUGGUUUUCCCCCUCUUGGCUAGGGCUGCAAAUGAGGCUCGCUCGGCCUUGUUAAUAGAUGAGUCAAGCUUGUUUAUUAACGAGUUGAGUUUGAAAAGGAUCUUUUUUACUAAAAAUUUGGCUCGUGUUUGAUACAUUCAUUUUCUAGGUCGUGUACGGAUGAUACAUGUGAUUGAUGUUGAUGGUUAAACAUGAGUUAUAAACCCAGUGGCGGAGCCACUUGUUGAGG